AAAAUUUUGUCACAACACAAUUUAGCCCGCUUAACCAGCAGCAGCAGCAGCAGCAGCCACAUCAUUACAUGUGGCGAACCUUGAGCAUUAUUUGGGUCAGUUGGUAUCAAGUCCCACACGUCGUGCGCAGUACAUUGUUUCAGCCUGUUUACAUUACAAGUCAAGAGAGAUGAGUCAGGCGGAGCAGGUGCCUGAGGAUACGCCUGCAUACCUCAAUGAUGAGCCAUUAGCUGCAGAUAAGAACAAAGACCACCCGGAGACACAGCCGGGCAUGUUUGGCAGGUUGGCGGGGGGCUUGUACGGUGCCACCAGGGGAGCUUUAGGAGCAACCGUGGGUGGUGUGGCCUGGAUUGGAGGAAAGAGCCUGGACCUCACCAAGACCGCUGUGACCUCUGUCGCUGCGGUGCCUGGCAUGGGAGUGGGCCUGGUUAAAGGUGGAGUGUGUGCUGUAGCUGGAGGAGUGACUGCUGUUGGCUCUGCGGUGGUCAGCAAAGUUCCCAUAGGAGGAGGCAAAAAGAAGGACAAGUCUGACUGAUGUGGAGAGGCAGAGCGUGAACGCACAUGGCUCGCACUGUGUUUGCCUGUUUUAACAUUCAUGAGCAGGAAAAGAGCAACAAAGGACUCAAAAGUUUUGUGUGCACAUUUUGGUGAGGGGUCUGUGCUUUGUUUUGUUUUUUUGGGUUUUUUUUUUCUUUAUAUUUUUGUUUUUUGUGUGAUUGAUGGUAAACCCACAUUCAUAUGAGUAUACGGAAAGGACCUACAAAACAAGAACGAACAAGGACUCUCCUGCUCUGUUGUUAAAGGAAAACAAUUAUCACCCGUGCCUGAAAUUGUUCAAAUAAAAUGUCCAUGCUUCAUUUUUGAAAAGAAGCCACAACAUUGUUUUCUCACUGCAAACAAACACUUGUCACAUACGUUAACUCUAGAACCGGAGGAGGAAAGGUCCGAGUGUAAAUGCACUUAAAUUUCACUUGCAAGACAAUCAUUGAUCAAUAACUGACGAGAAGGUGUUUCCUGGGGAUUGGGGAAGUAUUUCACCGUCAACUGACAAACACAUGGGUCAGAAAAUGCGUAAUGUGAUUAAAUCACCUUCCUGUUCACUUAAUCGCCUUAGUUCAGCAUUUGCAAAUGAACAGAAGUGACCGAUCAAAGAUGUGAUGUUAAAGGUACAGUCCAGUUUAAUAGCUCACCUGCUUGCUGGCUGUGGAUAUUUCACUGGUGAAUUUUGCUACAGUUCAAAUUUUCCUCUGAAGUUACAUCACCCUCUGGUGGCUAUAUUCUCAGCUCAGUGAAAGGCAACUCAUACUUUUGAUACUGAAUCUGAUUUACUUGCAAUAAAUACUGUGUCACAAUAUAGGAGUAUUUUCAUUUGAUUGUAUAGAUGACACUUCUUCUGACUAAAUCUAUAUUUUGAUAGUUUCUGUGACGUUGCUUAAUGUCACUAUCAAAUCAAAGUACAUGACAUAUGUAACAUCUCUCCUUGGAAAAAUGAAGCUGCCACUUUGGACACAGAUGCUUCAUAAUGGCAUGAAUCUCUCCCACUUAACCAAAGCAUGACAGCUUGGUUCUAAAGUAAAGCGCCUCCACAUUGUGUUUGCCAUUGUAGGAAUCUGAUGGCUGGUCUCCCUGACAUUACGUUCAGAACUUCAUGUGUUAUGUACAUUUUUAAGAUGACAAAUCUGUAGAAGUACAUUUAAUUAAAAACAGGCAUUUUUGUAAAUCUAUCUUUUAAUUAUAAAAUGCCAUUUGAGCCAUGUAUAAUGCAAAACAAACAUUUCAAAGCUUUUAUCAGUGUUACAGAUUGUUUGGACGUUUGCUGAACAAUGAGAAUUUAUUGAAACAUGGUGAUAGUGUAUUCAAAACUUGUUUAAAUAAAACAUGCUGAAGAUUGUCUAUGUAUUGUGUUCCAU